GCAGCAGGCAGUAGGGAGGGCGCCCCUGUGACGUCACAUUGUGCGCCGUCGACUCCAAGAAGGUCCCCGGCGCAGAGUGUCCCUGGAAGGGCAGAGAGAUGCUGGGGAGAGCGGCGCUCCGUGGCCUGAGGGUGACCAGGAAAGUCGGGAUCGUUGGCGUGGCACAGCUUCAUGUCAGCUCAAGACAGGGGCUGAAGUAUGGCUUCUGGGCAUACAUGCUGGGUGAGAGAACCACCAAAAGGUUUGGACCAAACAGCAAGAUUAUCACAGUUGAUGGGAACCUGGCAUCCGGCAAAGGAAAACUGGCACAGGAACUGGCUGACAAUCUGGGUUUGAAAUAUUUUCCCGAAGCAGAUGUGAAUUAUGUUAACAACUCUUACGGUGAUGGAACAAUCCUGCCCUCCAAGUUCAGCGGCCUUUGCAGCCUGCAAAAGUUUUAUGAGGACCCCAGCUGCCCUGAUGGCAACUCAUACCGCUUGCAGGCGUGGCUGUUCAGCAUGCGGAUGAUACAGUAUUCUGACGCCUUGGAGCAUUUGCUGAGAACAGGUCAGGGAGUGGUAUUGGAGCGCUCUGCCUACAGCGAUUACGUUUUCCUUGAAGCCAUGCAGAAGAACGGAUACAUCCGCAAACAGUGUGUGGACCAUUACAACGAGCUGAAGAAUGUCAGCAUUGAUGAAUUCCUGCCUCCACACUUGGUUAUAUACGUGGAUGUUCCGGCCGCUGAGGUGUACAAGAGAAUACAAGAGAGAGGAAAUGCCGUUGAGAAGAAAGUUGCCUUAUCUUACCUUCAGAGCAUCGAGGACGUUUACAAAACAUCCUUCCUCCCAAAGAUCAGUGAGACCUCAGAGGUUUUGCAGUACACUGCUAGUGAAGUACAGAAUGUGGAACAGAUUGCUGAAGACGUUGAGUAUGUAAAGGUUACCAAGCCGCCAUGGACAGACCAGACCGACGUCAGUUACCAUCACUUGCGCAUGCUGGUGCAGAACAAAAGUAGGGUCACCAAUCUCUAUAUCCUGCCCAGCUUUAUUCCCGAAAUAACAGUCGGAGGCCUAGAAUACGACAAGUUGUACUAUGAAUACCGAUCUCUGCCGGGUAGAAAAUUUGCCAAGGGAUACAAUGAAGAUAUCGGGGACAAGUACAUUUGGCUGAAGUGAUUGAUCAGUAUUGAUCCUUGUACCCAGAAUCUGUUGUGCUCCAGUGACCAUCUCUGUCUCAACGGCUAACGAAGCUUUUCUGAUCAUCCGCCUGGUAAUGGGGGAGUAGUAAUGCUGUUGCCCCCUGUAGUGAUGGACUCCUCUUGGAAUAAAUCUUAUUUAUCUGUCACAUUUGUCAGUCUCAAACAUUAAUAAAGAAAUUCUAUGUAAA